AUCCCCUUUAUAUAUAAACAACCCUUCAUCAUCACUUCCACAACAUCCAUCUCCUUGUGCUUCGUGAGAGAGAGGUAUUUUAUUUGGAUUAGAUAUGGAAGGACGUUCGUACACCUCCCUCUUGUUGCUGUUCUCUCUGCUUCUUUUACUCACAUUCUCUACUAUUGCUGAGGCUUCUAGUAGUGGAAAGCUUCGUCCUUCAGAUUGCAAACCAAAGUGUACCUAUCGUUGCUCGGCGACAUCUCACAAGAAGCCAUGCAUGUUCUUCUGCCUAAAGUGUUGCUCCAAGUGUCUGUGUGUUCCUCCUGGCACUUACGGCAACAAGCAAGUGUGCCCUUGCUACAACAACUGGAAGACCCAGCAAGGAGGACCCAAAUGCCCUUAAAACUAUAUAUUCUUUCCACAUUUGUAAUAAGCCAGCUGCAAUCCAUGUUAUGCUACUGUGUAGCAUUAAUGGCAGCAAUUUAAUUUCAUAAGAGACAGUAUAUAUAUGCUUCUCUAUUCGCAGUUUUCCUUAAGCCCCACAUGAUCAAUCUACUUGUUCCCUUCAUCCCUUGUGAAGGGAUAGUACUUCUAUA